CCUCUCGACUUCAGCGCGCAGCCCUCCCGAGCAGGAGACGGAACGCUUUGCCGCACAGAAAAACGGGAAAACUCCGAGCACCAUGGAAGACAAAUCUAAUUCGUUCUCCAGCAGCAAGGAGGAGAAGGCGGAUGGGAAUAAUGUUUUUCAGAGGCAAGACUCGAUACAGAAAAACAACACGGGGAGCCAGAACAUGAAGGACCACGGCAACUCAGUGGGCUUCAAGGGGGAGCGGGAAGAGGCCAUGGUCGGGUUUGACGAUCUGGAGGGGGCGUCCAGGCAACAUGGUUUUAUGCAGAGGCAAUUUGGGGCCAUGAUGCAGCCCGGAGUCAAUAAGUUCUCCUUGCGUAUGUUCGGCAGUCAGAAAGCCGUGGAGAAAGAGCAAGAGAGGGUUCAAACGGCCGGAUACUGGAUCAUUCAUCCAUAUAGCGAUUUUAGGUUCUACUGGGACUUGAUUAUGCUCAUCAUGAUGAUGGGGAAUCUAAUCAUCAUUCCUGUGGGAAUAACGUUCUUCUCAGAGCAGACUACCACCACCUGGCUGGUCUUCAAUGUGGCCUCGGACACCAUCUUCCUGGUGGACCUGGUCAUGAACUUCAGGACGGGGAUCGUCAACGAGGAGAGCUCCGAGAUCAUCCUCGACCCCAAGGUCAUCAAGAUGAAUUACCUGAAGAGCUGGUUCGUUGUGGACUUCCUCUCGUCCAUUCCAGUGGAUUAUAUCUUUUUAAUAGUGGAGAAAGGCUUUGACUCGGAGGUAUAUAAAACAGCCCGCGCCCUACGAAUCGUCCGCUUCACCAAGAUCCUCAGUCUUCUGCGUCUGUUGAGACUGUCCCGACUCAUCAGAUACAUACAUCAGUGGGAGGAGAUUUUCCACAUGACCUAUGACCUGGCCAGUGCAGUGGUAAGAAUAUUUAAUUUAAUAGGGAUGAUGCUGCUUCUGUGUCACUGGGAUGGCUGUCUCCAGUAUCUGGUGCCUCUCCUCCAAGACUUCCCCCCUGACUGCUGGGUGUCCCUAAACGGUAUGGUUAACGUUUCCUGGGGUAAGCAGUACUCUUAUGCCCUCUUCAAAGCCAUGAGCCACAUGCUGUGCAUCGGGUAUGGUGCCCGGGCACCCGUCAGCAUGUCUGACCUGUGGAUCACCAUGCUGAGUAUGAUUGUAGGCGCCACGUGCUACGCCAUGUUUGUGGGCCACGCUACAGCUCUAAUCCAGUCACUGGACUCCUCACGCAGGCAAUACCAAGAGAAGUACAAGCAAGUGGAGCAAUACAUGUCCUUCCACAAGCUUCCAGCAGACAUGCGUCAGAAAAUCCACGACUACUAUGAACAUCGCUACCAAGGCAAAAUCUUCGACGAGGACAACAUCCUGAGUGAACUCAACGACCCGCUCAAAGAGGAAAUUGUCAACUUCAAUUGCCGUAAGCUUGUGGCCACCAUGCCUCUGUUUGCCAACGCCGACCCCAACUUUGUGACGGGGAUGCUGAGCAAGUUGAAGUUUGAGGUCUUUCAGCCCAACGACUACAUCAUCCGAGAGGGCACGGUCGGGAAGAAGAUGUACUUCAUUCAACAUGGCGUCGCAAGCGUCAUCACCAAGUUCAACAAGGAGAUGAAGCUGACUGACGGGUCUUACUUUGGAGAGAUCUGCCUGCUCACCAAGGGCAGACGAACUGCGAGUGUGCGUGCAGACACCUACUGCCGACUCUUCUCCCUCUCUGUUGACCAUUUCAAUGAGGUGCUAGAAGAGUACCCCAUGAUGCGACGCGCUUUCGAAACUGUCGCCAUUGACCGAUUGGACCGCAUUGGGAAGAAGAACUCCUUGCUGCUGCAGAAGUUCCAGAAGGAUCUGAACGCCGGCGUUUUCAACACGCAGGAGAACGAGAUAUUGAAGCAGAUUAUCCGCCAGGACAGGGAGAUGGUGAUGAUGCAGUCCUCCGUACCCAUGACCUACAGUGCUUCAGCUAUUGCCAAUGCUUCUGCUGCCCGCAUGCUGCCAGCCGCUGCCGCUGCUGCUGCUGCAGCGCAGGGGGUUUACCCUGCACCCAGUCUUUCACAUGGCAACCUGAAUUCCUCCUUAACCAAUCCACAGACCCCACUCCAGCAGCAAGGCGCGAUCAUGUCACCCUGCUCCUUCACGGCCGCCAUGUGUAGUCCGCCUGUGCAAACCCCUCUGGCAAGCCGGAGCUUCCAGUACGGCUCGCGCACGGCCUCCCAGCUGUCGCUUAUCCAGCAGCCCAUUGCCCAACCAUCUCUCUCCACACAACAACAGCUCGCCCAGCAGCCUGCGGCGUCGACUGCGGCCGCAGCUCCGGCGCCACAGCAGCCGCAGCAGCCGUCACCUCAGCAGCAGCAGCAGCAGGUCCCCUCGCCUCAGCGGGGAGACAUCCAGAAGAGCACACAGGCUCUCCAGUCAGGCAGCUUGAGUCGAGAUGUUAGACACUUAUCGGCCUCCCAACCAUCACUGCCACAUGACACAUCUCUGGGGCCCAGAGCACCCCCAGCCUCAGGAGACUCUCUGGCCUCCAUCGUGCCACCGACGGCGGCGGCGAUCCAGGGGAUGAAUCUGCAGAGCGGCAUCCGCACCACAGUGCCCCAGCGGGUCAAUCUGUUCCGGCAGAUGUCGUCAGGAGCGCUGCCACCGGUGCGCUCGGCCGCUGCAGCAGCGGCGGCGGCGGCAGCGGCAUCGGCAUCAUCAUCCUCGACCCAGCACAGGGAAUCCCCCGGAUCUAGGAGAGAUUCUGUCCUGAGCAGUACAGAGACUGAGCAAGACAAAAUGCGCUUCGCAUCAAAUUUAUGA